UCCUUUGACGCCAUUCAGGAGCGUCUUACCGCGCUCCAGGAGACAACUACACAGGUCAGGGACCUCAUCGACCGACUCUCGAAACUCGACUUCCAGCCAGGAUCUGUGCCGCUCCCACCACAUGGCGGCGACGAUGACGACGAAAACGUCGCGACCGAGCUGAGCGGCGAGAUCAACCAGAUCCUGCGCGAGGAGGAGGAGGAUCUGGAGCUGCUGGCCGAGGAGAUCACAGACCUGAGGGGUGGUAAAGAGGGGAGCGAGUCCGCAAGGCGGAAGGAAAGGCUACGAGAAGGGCUGACGAGACUGGAGGGAGCCUUGAAGAGCGCCCGGAUCGACUUCCACAAAGCGCAGCUCACAGCCCGCCGCUCUCUCGACGCUGCCCGCCGACUCGAGCGCCAGAUCCUACUACAGUCCUACGCCACCAAGGCGGCCUCGACCCCGUCCCGGAGCGGCGCCAACUCCCCAGCGCCGCAACCACAGGCCGCGCUGGGCCCCCGCCGCAGACACACGCAAAGAGGCGCCGGCAACCGGGACCCAGACGACCCGGCGGCGGCGGCCUCGUCGGAGCUGACGCGGUCGCUGCACCGCGCGCGCCAGCUGGUGCAGGACGAGCUCGCGCGCUCCGUGACGCUGCACGAGUCGCUGCACGAGUCGACCGUCCAGCUGCGGCAGCUCGGCGGGACGUACGGGCGCAUGGAGGACAUGCUGGCGUCCAGCAGGGACCUGCUCGGCACCCUGAUGAAGAGCACCAAGAGCGACACGUGGUACCUCGAGACCACCUUCUACAUGCUCGCCGCCACCCUGGGCUGGCUCAUCUUCCGCCGCUGGCUGUACGGUCCGCUCUGGUGGCUGGUCUGGCUGCCCCUCCGCCUCGUCUUCAAGACAGGCUCGGGUGCGGUGGGCAUGGUCCGCUCCGGCUCCGGCCCCAGCUCGGGCGCGAGGAUGGAGGUUGUGGAUGGCGGCGGCAGGAGGGUGGAUGUCGAGAUGGGCGUCGAGGGGACCGUGCCCACCGUGAGCGUUGGCGGCGGCGGCGAGGGAAGAAAGGUGGAUAAGGGGGCGGACCCGGAUAGUAUGGUCGAACAGGUUGGCCGGAUUGUUGAU